UUCGCCCUCCUGUUUGGAGGAAGUCUCCACGAGCGAGAGAACUUCGUGCGCCAAUUCCAACCUCUGUGGAAUAUUGAAAGGAAAUCAUGUCGCGCCUCUCUCCCUACCAACCUAGACAUGCAGCACUCAAUCCUGGGCCUGGACAGGAGCACUCGGUGUUAACACGCCGUGCCCGACUCCCGGGUGGAACGUCCUCUGCCCGGUCCAGAUCUGUUCCCACAAAUGGAAGAGAUGGAGGAAGAGACACUGGCGACGAGAUAAUCGACGAGCGUUCAGUCGGAGUUUUGCCCUAUGAGAAUGCUGUCCAUGAGUCUGUUGCCGAGAAUCAACUUGGCGGCAUAGAAGAGCAUACCAAGGAUGGAGCUUUGGGACAUGACAAUCCGCGACAUGAACACGACGGAAAAUUCAAGGUGGAAACUCUCCCUGGUGUUCCAGCCAUGCUACAGAAUCACCAGGACAGUGAUUACACUCUCUCUGAAGAGAGAUCGAGGCGCCGCAUGGAUUCCGACCGAGUAAGCGAGACCGACACAAUAGUACCGAGAAGAAAUCUCUCCGUGCUGGAUGUCGCGGCUCUCAUUUUCAAUAAAAUGGUGGGUACCGGGAUCUUCACCACACCUGGUUCGGUUCUAUUUUACACCAAGUCCAAACCAAUCAGUCUGAUUCUUUGGGCCACGGGUGGUGUCUUUACCUCAAUCUUCAUCAUCGCCUAUCUCGAGUUCGGCAGUGCACUCCCCUUCAAUGGCGGUGAGCUUAUCUAUCUAGACGAAGUGUAUCCAUACCCUGAAUUAUUGGCAACAAUAAUGUUUUCAGGCUUCUUUCUAGUGCUCGGCAACUCCUAUGGAAACUCGAUCACGUUUGCCAAGCAAGUUAUACUUGCAAGUGAUUCAAACUACAAAAGCACAACCGAAUUAGACAAUCGUCUUAUCCGCUUUGUUGCAAUUGUUAUUUUAUCAGCUGUCUGCCUUCUUCAUUACUUUUCCAACAAAUUUGGAUUGUUCUUAAACAAGCUUUUUGCUCUAUUCAAGAUUGUUCUCCUCUUUACAGUAUUUGUUGCAGGAGUCAAAUCAGCGAGCAAGGAGGGUUCUGGACUCAAUGAUUUCACUCAAAGCCAUGGAGCCAGUGGAUCUGCCAACGGCCUCGCUGCAAUGGUUUUAAUUUUCUACGCAUAUCAGGGAUGGGAAAAUGCCAACUACGUCGCUGGGGAGAUUCGAGCCCCGACCCGAACGCUUAAGAUCGGUGCUUUCUUGGCUGUUGGAUUGGUCACUAUUCUGUAUAUUCUGGUGACAUUAGCCUAUUAUCUCGCUUGUGACUACGAAACCAUUACAAACACGCAGAGUGAUCUUGGAGUAGCUAUAUUGUUCGCUCCCAGGGCCUUCGGAUCAUCUCUUGGAUUGAAAGUUUGCAUCGCUCUGUCAGCGUUGGGAAACCUUAUCGCAGUUACAUUCACGAGCUCGAAGGUAAAGCAAGCGAUUGCGGUUCAGAGGAUUCUUCCAUUCUGGAAAUUCUUUUCAAAGGAUAUCGACACGCCGAAAGGUGCCCUUGCGCUGCACUGGGUUUCUUCUGUGAUUCUCAUCCUCGCUUGUCCGACAACUGCAGACGGAUAUGGUUUUGCUGUUGGCUUAUUCACGUAUGGUCAUAUUAUUAUUGGGACAAUUGUGACCUUAGGCCUGUAUAGGCUCCCCAGACGCAUGCGACAACAGUGGCCUGGUUGGCAGCCAGAGAUCAUCACUAAUAAAUGGGUUUUCCGGCUUCUACCUAUCAUUUUCGGUGGGGGAAACCUUAUUGUUAUCAUCUGGGGUGCGAAGCCGCGAACACCAGGCACAACCCCCCGAUACUGGUGGCCUAUCAUCUUCUUUUUUAUCAUGGCAGCAAGUUUCAUCUACUGGGGUAUCAUGAUGAUCACCCAGGUUGAGACAACCAUAGAAAAUAAGAAAGGAGAAAAGAGAACAAUCGGGAAUCUUAUUGGUUUCGAGGUUCGGAUUUAUAAUGAAACAGAUGACGGAGUGCCACAAGCUAUGCAAGAAGCUAUGGUACAGUCACGACUGGAUGGGUCAAGGCGCCGAGUUGGAUAUAAGUUCACCGGCGUAUUCGAGAAGAUCAGGAUCUGGAGUCGAAACACAAAAGAUGUUCUUGGAAAUCUUCUGUUUUAGGGUCUCAAAAUCACACCAGGGUAUCCCGGCUCGUAAAAAAAAAAUUUAGGCGUAGAGUUCUCUCCUACAAAUGGAAAAUAAACUAAGUAUUGAAGUUGCCCCGAAUUCUAAGAACUGAGCUUUAGCGUUUUAUAUGUUUAGUGAAUGAAAAGGGGACUUCGUAGACUCCUGAGUAUAUAAAGACGAUUAUAAUAUUACUAGCGCAUAGGAAACACUAGAGAGAGGCCGCUUUUUGCAUCGCAACUUCUCGUAGAACAUAUUAGAUCGGCUAAAAAACAACCUCUACGAUGCGAGCAUAAGCUUAGACUUGCAUUACAUGUAAAAGGACGUUAUAAUAUAAUAAUCAUUAUUCCCAAUCAUUCUUU